CUAAACCAGCCCAAUUUACAUCCAUUCAUGAAUGUGUGACGUCAGCAAGCUUGAGCUCCUCUGCGGUGGGCUGGAGGAUUGUGUGGGUCGAUCUCCCUCCCCCUUAUUUUUCUAUUUCUGCAAGGCUCUGUAGAUUAACCUUCCAUCUUUUUAGAGCAAGAAAACGGAACGGCAUGUGUAGGAAUUCUUCAUUGUUGGUUUGGACUCCCCUCUCGCAUCAGACCUCUCUCGCCAUAAUCCUCUGAGUGUCGUCUCAGGACCUGGGCUACCCUCAUGGCACAAUGGCCAGCCCUCAGGAGCACCUGAGCUGCUCCUACUCAUCACACUUAGCCUUGACCGAGAACAAAACCUCUAGUGAGCACAAUGAACUUGCAGCUAUGGGAAACCACCCUUCACCCAAGCUCCCCGAGGACCCCCAGGAGAAGGCUAUGCAGCCCGAGCUGCUGGAGAUCACGGGCAGCCCCGUCUCUACAACAGUGCUGACCAGUGUAAGUGAGGAUUCCAGGGGCCAGUUUGAGAACAGUGUUCUUCAGCUAAGGGAGCAGGAUGAAUCGGAGAUGACAGUGUCCCCAGGGAACAGCAGCACGGUGGAUGGAGAGAGCACUAACGGGACCGAAGACAUCAAGAUUCAGUUCAGCCGGUCAGGCAGUGGAGGCGGUGGGUUUCUCGAAGGACUGUUUGGAUGCCUCAGGCCCGUGUGGAACAUCAUCGGGAAGGCAUAUUCCACUGACUACAAACUGCAGCAGCAAGAUACUUGGGAAGUGCCGUUUGAGGAGAUCUCGGAGCUGCAGUGGCUGGGUAGCGGAGCCCAGGGAGCUGUCUUCCUGGGAAAAUUCCGGGCAGAGGAGGUGGCCAUCAAGAAAGUAAGAGAACAAAAUGAGACGGACAUCAAGCACCUGAGGAAGCUGAAGCACCCCAACAUCAUCGCCUUCAAGGGAGUUUGCACCCAGGCCCCGUGCUAUUGCAUCAUCAUGGAGUACUGUGCCCACGGACAGCUUUACGAAGUCUUGCGAGCUGGCAGAAAGAUCACACCUCGGUUGCUCGUGGAUUGGUCCACAGGAAUUGCUAGUGGGAUGAAUUAUCUCCAUCUCCAUAAAAUCAUACACCGUGACCUCAAGUCACCAAAUGUUUUAGUGACUCACACAGAUGCAGUCAAAAUUUCAGAUUUUGGUACAUCCAAGGAGCUCAGUGACAAAAGCACCAAGAUGUCCUUCGCGGGGACAGUUGCGUGGAUGGCGCCUGAGGUGAUUCGGAAUGAGCCCGUCUCUGAGAAGGUUGACAUAUGGUCCUUUGGAGUGGUGCUCUGGGAGCUGCUGACAGGGGAGAUCCCCUACAAAGAUGUGGACUCUUCGGCCAUCAUUUGGGGUGUUGGGAGCAACAGCCUGCACCUCCCAGUUCCCUCCACUUGCCCAGAUGGAUUCAAAAUCCUUAUGAAACAGACAUGGCAGAGUAAGCCUCGCAACCGGCCGUCCUUUCGGCAGACGCUCAUGCAUCUGGACAUUGCAUCGGCAGAUGUGCUCGCCACCCCGCAGGAGACUUAUUUCAAGUCUCAGGCUGAAUGGAGAGAAGAAGUGAAGAAGCACUUUGAGAAAAUCAAAAGUGAAGGGGCCUGUAUCCACCGGCUAGACGAGGAGCUGAUCCGCCGGCGCAGGGAGGAGCUCAGACAUGCGCUGGAUAUUCGAGAGCACUAUGAGCGAAAGCUCGAGCGGGCCAACAAUCUGUACAUGGAGCUGAGCGCCAUCAUGCUGCAGCUGGAGAUGCGGGAGAAGGAGCUCCUGAAGCGAGAGCAGGCAGUGGAAAAGAAGUAUCCUGGGACCUACAAGCGGCACCCUGUCCGUCCAAUAAUCCACCCAAAUGCCAUGGAGAAGCUCAUGAAAAGGAAGGGUGUGCCGCACAAGGCUGGAGUGCAGACUAAGCGGCCAGACCUGUUACGAUCUGAAGGUAUCCCCAGUGCAGAAGCAGUUCCCACUGCAUCCCCUCUGUCUGGAAGUCCCAAAAUGUCCUCGUCAAGCAGCAAGAGCCGAUACCGGAGCAAACCACGUCACCGCCGAGGGAAUAGUAGAGGCAGCCACAGUGACUUUGCGGCAAUCUUGAAAAGCCAACCUACCCAGGAAAAUGCAUCCCACCCCACCUACCUACAUCACGCUCAGGCUCCGUGCCCUCCUCUCCAUCAGCAUAGCCCCCUCCAGCAGCAAUACCAGCAACCCCCUUCUGACCUGCCUCAGAGCCACCACCCCAGACGCAAUAUACAUGGGCAGGACAUUGCAACCUGUGCCAAUAACCUGAGGUAUUUCGGCCCAGCAGCAGCCCUGCGGAGUCCACUCAGCAACCAUGCUCAAAGACAGAUGCCGGGCUCCAGCCCGGACCUCAUCUCCACAGCCAUGGCGGCAGACUGCUGGAGGGGUCCUGAACUUGAGCAAGCUGAGCCCUGGGGCUGCUGUCAGACCGAAGCCUACGAUCCCUGUCUCCAGUGCAGACCAGAGCAUGCUGGGUCUUUAGAUGGUCCCACCACUGAGCCAGUGAGAAGGGGCCCAGACUGUUCCAGUUCACCAGCACACAAUCCUCUUUCGGGAAAUGCCCAAGACUCCGAGAGAAUGGAGGCCAAUGGAUUCAAUGGCUGUCAAUCUGGUAUUUCUCAUCAGUUCACACCCCCAAUACUACCUCAAAAGACACGGCCCCUUCAGAAGAGUGGAGAUGACUCCUCGGAAGAAGAAGGGGAGGUGGACAGUGAAGUGGAGUUUCCUCGAAGACAGAGGCCCCACCGCUGUAUUCGCAGCUGCCAGUCAUACUCAACCUUUAGCUCCGAGAACUUCUCUGUGUCCGACGGAGAGGAAGGGAACACUAGCGACCACUCAAACAGCCCCGACGAGUCCGCUGACAGACGGGAGGACCGCCUGGCUGAGAAACUAGACGACCUGCUGUCCCAGACGCCCGAGGCGCCCAUCGAGAUCUCCUUCCACUCAGAUGGGCUGUCUGACAAGGAGUGUGCGGUCCGGCGCGUGAAGACACAGAUGUCCCUGGGCAAGCUGUGCGCCGAGGAGCGUGGCUACGAGAACCCUGUGCAGUUUGGAGACUCGGACUGUGACUCUUCAGAGGGGGAGUGUUCGGAUGCCACUGUUAGGACCAGCAAGAACUACAGCUCUGCCACUUGGUGACAAGGGCUCUCCGUCGGAAUCCUCUCCAGCCCUAGACUCCUCCCACCUGCGUUCGUCCAGGAGGAGUGGCCCCAUCCCAGAAACAAGCCACACUGACAGGAACAUGAGAUCAGUCAAAUCUCUGGGAAAAUACCCAAAUGAAGUUGCAUCUCACUGAGCAUUUCAAUCAAGAAUGGCAGGGAUCUCUUGUACUGAAUACUCCAGCUACUGUAACAUUGAUAUUUAUUUUUGUUGGACAUUUUAACACUUUGUAUUGUAAAGAGUGAACUAUAUAUGAUAACAGAUACAAUAAUUUCUUUACAAAAAAAAAAGGAAAGGAAAGAGGGUCUUUAGGAGCAACAUUGGAGUUUGUGGGGCUGGGAGGUGUCACUGUCGCUUGAACACGGGACCAAGUCUUUUGUCCAUACUUGAAGAGUUGCAAUGAGACAUACUGAACAUUUACAAUACAAGCCAAAAGAAACGCAGCCAUGUUAAGUUCAACGGCUCGUCCGUGCGAGGGAUGGAAAUGACCUAGAAGCUGAGGGAUCCGAUAGCCCCAAAG